AUGGGUGUCUUCGUUAAUGCUUAUACAUUUUAUAAUACAUCUAUUUAUGCGUUAUGUUUUGAAUUGUUUGGUUUAAUGGGGUUGAACAUAUUGAUAUUAAUAAUUGGAGUUGGAAAAUAUGAGUUAACUUAUCAUAUUGGAAGUACUGGAUUUGCAAUAAACACAACUAUAAUUCCAGGUUCGAAAUUAAUCAAAGGUGGAAAGUUUAAAGUUGAUCCAUUAGAACUAUGUAAAGUUGAGACAGGAUGUCCACAGCUAUUCCAAUCGAGAUUUAGGUUUCAAUGGUUACAGGGAGCUGCUGAUGUAAUGGUCAAUGGAAUUUCCAAGCAAUUAUCA